CUGAGAAGAGAACUGACACAUCUGCCACUUUGCCAGCGUAGUGUGAAGGGUCUUCGCUGCAAAAAUUCAAGAGAGCUAUCUGUAGCUUCUUGGCUUUUCAGCUCUCAUCUCAUCAUGAUUCACAGCUUGUUCCUGAUAAACAAUGUUGGUGAUAUAUUCCUGGAGAAACACUGGAAGAGUGUCAUAAGUCGCUCCAUCUGCGAUUAUUUUUUCGAAGCCCGGGAAAAGGCGGUGGAACCUGACAAUGUGCCUCCAGUCAUCCAGGCCCCUCAUCAUUAUCUCAUAAACAUUUAUCGCGAGAAGAUCUUCUUCGUUUCUAUCAUCCAAACAGAAGUGCCUCCUCUCUUUGUAAUAGAAUUUCUGCAUCGAGUUGCAGAGACUUUUCAGGAUUACUUUGGAGAAUGUUCUGAAACAACUAUCAAUGAAAAUGUGGUAAUAGUCUAUGAGCUCCUGGAGGAAAUGUUAGAUAAUGGAUUCCCCCUCGCUACAGAGUCAAACAUCUUGAAGGAACUUAUCAGGCCUCCCACAAUGCUGCGCUCUAUGGUUAACACCAUCACAGGCAGUAGUAAUGUAGGGGCGACUCUCCCUACUGGGCAGCUUUCCAAUAUACCAUGGAGAAGAGCUGGUGUAAAAUAUACUAAUAAUGAGGCUUACUUUGAUGUGAUUGAAGAAAUCGAUGCCAUCCUGGAUAAGUCUGGAACUACAGUUUUUGCAGAGAUCCAGGGUGUGAUUGAUGCUUGUGUCAAGCUGUCUGGAAUGCCAGAUCUUACACUCUCAUUUAUGAACCCUAGAAUCCUGGACGAUGUGAGCUUUCAUCCGUGUGUACGAUACAAGAGAUGGGAAAGUGAGAAAGUUAUCUCCUUCAUUCCCCCAGAUGGAAACUUUCAGCUCAUGUCAUAUCACAUCAGUGCCCAAAACCUGGUAGCAAUCCCAGUGUAUGUGAAGCAGAAUAUCAGUUUCUUUGAGACGGGAUCUUCAGGAAGACUGGACAUCACUGUGGGUCCUAAACAGACCAUGGGAAAGACAUUGGAGUGUGUUUUAAUUACCGUACACAUGCCCAAAUCGAUUCUUAAUGUGAACCUCAAUACAACUCAGGGAACUUACAGCUAUGACACUGUUACAAAGGUGUUAGUGUGGGACAUAGGGAAGCUUAACCCUCAGAAGCUUCCCAAUCUGAAAGGGAGUCUCAGUCUGCAGUCUGGAGCACCUAAACCAGAGGAAAACCCAAGCCUGAACAUUGACCUGAAAAUUCAACAAUUGGCAAUCUCAGGACUGAAGGUUAAUCGGCUUGACAUGUAUGGAGAGAAGUAUAAACCAUUUAAGGGUGUGAAAUAUGUGACCAAGGCUGGAAAAUUUCAGGUCAGAACGUGAGACUGUUACACGGGGAUUCAUUCAUCCCUGAAUCACAUGGAUAUGCCACAAGUUUAGUAGAGAUGCCAAGUGACAAAUCAUACAAGACUGCACCUUGUACAUAAUCAACCCAUUGAAGUUACAUCUGUCGUUAUAUUGUUAAACUUUGUUUUUUGGGAAAAACUGGGAAAUUGCAAGAUUUUGGAGAAAAUUUCUGUGGGAAUAUUUAUCUUCACAACAAAGAACAUUCCAGUGAUUUAUCAAAACUGUAUAAUGUCAAAUUUUAAGUAUGCAAUUUACAGUAUUUCUGCCAGGAAUGCAACGAUUUUUGCCAACAUAAACAGGGAUUGUUCACCUUAUAGCACACAUGAUUCAAAUGUUACAGAAACUGGACAGUUUCAGCACAACCCAUAUAGGCAUUGUAGAUUUGUAGGACAUAUUAUGUGAUGUAGAUGAGAUAACAUCAGUUAAUGCUCUACAAUAUUUGAUAUUGGCACAGAACAAUAUCACAGGCCUUAUUCCAUUAUUCAGUUUAUGUAUUGUAAUCUCUUGUUUUAAGUGGCCUUUAAAUAGAAAACUACUGUAAAGAGGCCUUACACACACAAAUUGCCUUUUUUUAAGCAUAGCUAUGCUUAUGCAGUCGAAUACACAAGACUGUCACACCCACAUGGAUAGUAGCAUUCUCAACAGUCUCUUUAACACUUUAUUUGUCAUGUGCAAGCACUACAGAGCCAUUAGAAGCACACAUGACCAUGAACCUGUUGCAUUGACUUGGUAUGGUAAAUGUUCAGGUCCACCACAUUUAAGCUUUAAAGAGAAUUUGCACAAUUACAAAAGGGUAAAUCCAUUAUUUUAUAAAAUGUCAUUUAAAAAAUUGGGGAAAGUCAAGGGAGCAGUGUAAUUGCAUAGAAGAUAUGUAUAAUAUAACCUUAAAUCCUUUUGGUUUAUAAAGUUUGGAAACAAAAUUUGA